CUUGGUAGUUUUGUUAGCUUGAGAGGUCUUCUUAAUACAUAGUGGUACAUUAUCUUUUGUUUGUCACACUACUGUACAAUUAUACAAAAAUUUUAUAAAUCUCAAAUUUAAGUUAAUUUUCACCCAUUUUUGCAAAUUUGAUGACGUCUUUAGCAAAAAUGCUGACAUCGGCAAUUUUUUUGAACAACAGUUUUAUGUCUAUUAAAUAACAAGUUAAAAAUUACAGAGAAGGAUAUAGAGGCGAUAAGUAAUGAGGGGUACCUAAAUAGCCCAGCAGGAAUAUGGGUAAUGUCAGGAUAUUUUGCGACUGGAAUCUUUUCGUGAAUUUUGCGAAUUGACCUUGUAUUCGAAAGUUAAAUUUCCGCAAAUAAAGUUUCUUAAUUGAUACGCCAAAAUAACCCCCCACGAAUAUAGAAGAUAAAUGUCCGAUUGUGAGUGAUUCUUAGUUGUAAAUGCGAGAGGUAAAGCGUAAGUAACAUGCAAAGAACUACAUUAUAUACCUGUUUAAAAAUUUCAGCUUACUCUUAGUUGCGGUAAAGGCGUGAUCGCGAAAUUAAAUUGCCGCAAAUAUCUAAAUUCAAUCAAUUUGCAAAAAUAAAUUCCUGUAAACUCGGCCAAAAUUAGCGAAUAGGCGAUUCAUAAAGUUCUAAUCGCAACAUUUUCUGACAUUACUGAUGUUUCUAAUAAAUUUGAGGCGUCCUUUAAUAUUUUCAGUAAAACAAAAAUCUCGACUGUCAUGUCUUGUAAGGAGAUUUCGUCCCCAGAAUUCUUAAGAUUGACUUGAUCGACUCAGUCUUCUUAUAAGUUUAUUAUUUCAAAACGACUGGUUGAACUUCUCUAAGGUGGAUACCUCUAAAUACACACUUAAUUCGUCCAGGACACAUUUCUAAUUCCGUGAAGUAACCAUACGCAGACUUUUCUUUAUUUAUUCAUUUUAUUCCAAACAUAUUUUACGGCAAAUGUAUGUUUCUCUAAAAAAGUAUUUUCAUUUUUAUACAGUGACUUUCAUUUGACGCUUCAAGCAAAAAAUCUUGCUCUUAGCGAAUAAAGGCUGCCAACGGCCUGCAAAACACAAAAAAAAUCUAUUUGAAUUUUUUUAAGAUCCAGCCACUUUAAAGUAGAGAAAUGUUUGUUCCACAAGUGCUUACUUUAGAGAAGUUCCCGGUACAUUUACGUUUUUCAAAAAGCUCUGGAAAAUGAAAUAUAUAAAAUGCUUUUAGUUUUUUAUGACUAUCAUACCGUUUGUUAUAUUAAACUUUGCUUUUCGUACGUGGUGUUAUGUUCUGAAUGAUAGACCAAUCAUUGGCGUCCUUGCCCAAAGGCUUCAAGAACCUAUACCGGGAAUUGCAGGAAGUUCCUAUAUUUCAGCAAGUUAUGUGAAGUACUUGGAAGGAGCUGGGGCAAGAGUUGUACCUAUCCAUAUUAAUACCACGAAGGAGGAUCUAAACAGAAUAUUUUCAUAUAUAAACGGCGUUCUCCUUCCAGGUGGUGAUGCAGAUUUAUUGGACUCUCCUGUACAGAGAAAUGCUGAACUUUUAUUUGACUUAGCAAUGCAGGCUUUUAACAAGAGAGAUCCAUUCCCCAUGUGGGGAACUUGUAUGGGGCUUCAGUUGCUGUCGGUUUUAGCUGCGAAGUCAGGCAGUGUUAUUUCUCGUUCGUUUGGUACCGAGGACCGAACAUUUUCGUUAAAUCUUACAGCAAACUACGAAACGAGUCGAAUGUUUUCCGACGCUCCGCCAAACGUUAUAAAGAUUCUUCAAACACAAAAUGUCACUUAUAACGCUCACUAUAACUGUGUUUCAGUAGAUACGUUUCACGAAAACAGGAAACUGAACGCUUUUUUUCGACUUUUGUCAACAAAUAUCGAUGCUCGGGGAAAAGGUUUUAUGUCCACCAUGGAAGGCAUCGAAUUUCCCUUUUAUGCUACACAGUGGCAUCCUGAAAUGAAUAUAUACGAAUUCGCUAUAGGCGAGGGACUGGGGAAGAACAUCAAUCAUUCCAAAGAAGCUGUUUUAAUUUCGCAAUAUAUGGCAAACUUUUUUGUGAGCGAAGCUCGUAAAAGUAAGCACAGAUUUCCUGAUCGGGAAACAGAAGAUAGGUAUUUGAUAUAUGACUAUCAACCAUAUUACACGGCUAAACGAGGUUAUUUUGAUGAACAAAUGUACAUUUUUUAAGACGGGUUUUCACACGUAUUCACUGCAAGGGCGAGUUUCAAGUAGGUUAAGACAAGUUAGAUUUAUUUUGAAGUGCUAGAAGCACUUAUUAGCGGCAGUUUUCAAACUUUAGUGUAAUUUUAUAAUUGAAUAAUAUAUAAGUAAUAUAAAUAAAUUUUAUGGUUGUUAAGAAUUUUUGAAAUUGGUUUUUUUAAAAUUGUGCACAUAUUUCCUGAAAUAUAAAAUAUAAAAACUGA